AUGGCCAACGACGAUGAUCUGAGCCAGUUGAUUGCUAAGGCAGUAAUAUUACCUAACCAAACUCACAAACGGGUAUUGAUACGACCAGUUGAUGAGGUCUGUUCAAUUCCAGAUAUUCUUCCUCAGACUGACAACUGGAAAGGAACCGAGGAAUUUUUACGUAGCGUCGUCAAGAUUCUACUAAAAUAUAUUCGUGAGGAGAAUGUCCGUACAAAUAAAAUCCUCGAGUUCCACCAUCCGGCUGAAAUGCUACAGCUCAUUGACCUCGAUAUUCCCGAGAAACCGCAGAACCUCGAACAUCUGGUGAAGAUAUCGUGCGGUUUGGACUUGGUUUCAAUGGCUGGCGAAUGGUUGACGGCAACUGCAAAUACAAACAUGUUCACAUACGAGAUCGCCCCCGUGUUCAUUCUGAUGGAGAAGGCUGUUAUGAAGCGCAUGUGGGAAGCCAUCGGAUGGGAUGUCGAGACGGCCGACGGGAUUUUCGCUCCGGGAGGAGCGAUUGCAAAUCUGUACGCGUUGAGCACUGCAAGACAUGCUCUGUACCCUCGCAGCAAGUACGUCGGACUGAAAGAUGUCCCCACUCUCUGUGUGUUCACUAGCGAAGACAGUCACUACUCAAUCAAAAGCGCAGCCGCCGUUUGUGGAAUUGGAUCCGACUUCUGCUUCAACAUUCCGACUGACAACGCUGGAAAAAUGAUUCCAGAAGCGCUUGAGAUAAAGAUAAUCGAAAGCAAGAAAGAUGGACUUGUACCACUCUUUGUAUGUUGUACUGCUGGCACUACCGUGUACGGAGCUUGGGAUCCGAUUGAGAAGGUGGCCGAUAUCUGUGAGAGGCACAAGAUUUGGCUUCAUGUCGACGUGAGUCCACAUCGUUUAAUUCAAGAGAUUAGACCAGAUGCCUAG